AUGAACCUUCAGUCUCUCCUAUCUGAGAACACGCCACCGCCAGGCCAGAAGUUGCCAUCCAUUGCGGAGAUCAACGGUGCUGGGAACGGUGUCUCCACCAAUGGGGACGGACCCCACGUCGCUGGAGGUGCCAACGGCUCAUUCAAAGCAUCGACACUUUCCACGUUAUCCAAUGGUGGAUACGUUGACCACAACAGAGACCACGCCAAGGAUAUACUGCGUGACGCCAGGGAUAAGGAUACGCUGGACAGAAUGGCCAAGGCUGACAAGUUCGACAAGUUCGACCCUCUCCAUCCGCUGGACCCGGGCUACUUACGAGAGUUUGAGGCCAGAGCCAAUGUUCUCCACAAGCUAGAUCGUACCUUGGCGCUUGCGCUGAAUCUAUCUGUGCUCAACUUCGAGAAGGACCACUUGGCAUCGCUCUUGUCAACGCUGGAGCCCAUGGCUGCCAACUACGUGGAUCGUGUUGUUGCCGAAGACGUGUUGGCUUCUCAGUAUCCACCCAACAACUCUGGUGCCUACAACUGGGGCUCCACCCGGGCUGUGGAGGAUGCUGAAGCCCGCGAGGAACGCAGGCAAAUGCUCCAUGCCAAUGCCGUGGCACUUCUAAACUCUGAUCUCAAGUUUGACGAUGGAGAAACCACCCCAGAGGCCGAGACAUCUAAGUCAUCCAAACGAUCGAAUACUGCAGACUCACAGGACUCUAAGCGCCGAAAGACAGAAGACGCUGCUCUAGAACCCCAGGGCCGUUCACGCGACGCCAAAGAGAAUGGUCGUCUCAAGAUUCGUCUUUCGUUGAAGGAAACUGAGGGCUCCGAUGCGGUCAGCCUGGGCGACUCUAAGACGUCCCCUUCCAAGGCAAAGGAGUUGAAGUCCGUCCAAAAGCAGUACGAUAACACUUUUGUGGCUAUCUGGAAGGAUAUGUCUCGAAAAGAUGGACCUAAGGUUUCUCGAUUGAUGCAGCAAACCAAUCAGGCCAAAUUGAUCAACUUACGUAAAACGGCUGUUCUUGCCUCGAGGGAGGCCAAACGUUGGCAAUUAAAGAACAAUAAGAACCAGAAGGAUUUGACAUCAAAGGCAAGAAGAGCCAUGAGAGAGAUGUUCAAUUUCUGGAAGCGCAAUGAAAGACUCGAAAGAGACGCCAGAAAGAAACAUGAAAAGGACCUUAUUGACAGGGCUAAGAAGGAGGAAGAGGACCGUGAGGCCAAGCGUCAACUGAGAAAGUUGAAUUUUUUGAUUACUCAAACCGAGUUGUACUCGCAUUUCAUCAGUAAGAAGAUCAAGACCGAUGAGAUCGAGGGCCUGGAUUCUGAUCCAAACUUAUCGAGUGUUCCUAAGGCCGAGAAUCAUUUGGACAAGUACCACGGUGUUGAAGGAAAUGCAACUGACAUCAACACCCUUGACUUCGAUAAUGAUGAUGAAGAAGCUUUGCAUAGGGCUGCUGCUGGCAAUGCUCAGCGUGCUUUGGAUAGUGCCAGAUCUCGUGCAAAUGCCUUUGAUGAUGAUCCAUUCAGAAACCCAGACACAAAUGGUGAGGAGAUGAACUUCCAGAAUCCAACAUUGAUUGGAGACAUGAGUGUGUCGCAGCCUAAUAUGUUGAAGUGUACUUUGAAAGAGUACCAGCUCAAGGGUUUGAACUGGUUAGCCAACUUAUAUGAGCAGGGUAUUAACGGUAUUUUGGCUGACGAGAUGGGUUUAGGUAAGACUGUUCAGAGCAUUUCUGUACUUGCAUACUUGGCUGAGACUCAUAACAUUUGGGGUCCAUAUCUCGUGGUGACUCCUGCUUCGACAUUGCACAACUGGCAGCAGGAAAUCUCCAAAUUCGUUCCUGAGUUCAAGGUGUUGCCAUAUUGGGGAAACUCAAAGGACAGAAAGGUGUUGAGAAAGUUUUGGGACAGAAAGAGCUUGAGAUAUGGUAAAGACGCACCAUUUCAUGUGUUAGUCACUUCAUACCAGUUGGUAGUGGCAGAUGCUGCAUACUUUCAAAAGAUGAAGUGGCAGUACAUGGUUCUUGAUGAAGCACAGGCUAUCAAAUCCUCACAAUCUUCAAGAUGGAAGUCCCUUUUGAGUUUCUCAUGCCGUAAUCGCUUGUUAUUAACUGGUACACCGAUUCAAAACUCGAUGCAAGAAUUGUGGGCAUUAUUACAUUUCAUCAUGCCUUCGUUGUUUGACUCGCAUGAUGAAUUUAGUGACUGGUUUUCCAAAGAUAUUGAAAGUCACGCACAAUCCAACACGCAGUUGAAUGAGAACCAGCUUAAACGUUUGCAUGUCAUCUUAAAACCCUUCAUGUUGAGACGUGUGAAAAAGAAUGUCCAAAGUGAAUUGGGUGACAAGGUGGAGAUCGACAUUUUUUGUGAUCUUACCAAUCGACAAAAGAAGUACUACCAGAUGUUGAAAUCUCAAAUUUCCAUCAUGGACUUGCUCUCCAACAGUUCGAAUGAUGACAGUAACCAGUCUUUGAUGAAUUUGGUCAUGCAGUUCAGAAAAGUCUGUAACCACCCAGAUUUGUUUGAAAGAGCCGAUGUCAAGUCUAGUUUUGUUUUUGGCUCAUUUGCGGAGACUAGCUCCUUUUUACGUGAAACGGAUUUGGAGCUUAGCUAUCUGUUGCAAAACCUGAUUCACUACAAACUACCCAAACAACUCUAUCAUGAUCUUCUUGUUCCUGGAAGUAACAGCGACGUUGGAUCCAAGAACAAAAUCUACCAGAUGUUCAACAUAUACAAUCCUGAAAACAUAGCAGAUGAUAAAUUGGAUAACUUUGGAUGGCUCAAGUUUGUGGACAAAUCCCCGCAGGAGCUUAAGAAAUUGUCCAAGCAGAAUAUUCUUGAAAGAGCCAUUGAUUUGAAGGGAUACUCUGACAUGAACUACAGUUAUGCUAACCGUUUCAAAUAUGUCUAUGCCGACGAAGGAGGAUACAUUCCAGCCAACAGAAAGCUUUUGAUUCUGGAGCUCGACAACAAUUACUGCCACCAGCAAAAUUCUACAGUUUCCAGGGCCUUAUUUUCAGUCCAAACCCAAGUGUACGAUGAUAUGUACAUGAAUGUGAUGGAACCAGCAGCAGCGCCUAUUGUUACGACUGCUCCCGUUGAAGUCGAUUGCAGUGACUACACAUUCACGCGUAACAUGAACGGAACAUUGAUGGACACUUCGAUUCGUUCCGCUUUGGUGCCACUUACAUUGAAUACUGAACUCGAUUUGAUCAGGAAACAGGUCCCUCUUACUGAAUAUCCUAAAAGCGAUAUGAAUCCUGAUCCUUUGAAUAAUCUUGUCGGCCAUUCUAACAUUAGAAUGCCCUCAAUGACUAGAUUCAUCACGGAAUCUGGCAAGUUGUCGAAGCUUGACAAACUUUUGGAUGUGUUGAAGAAAGAGGGCCACAGAGUUUUAGUUUACUUCCAAAUGACCAAAAUGAUGGAUUUGAUGGAAGAGUUUCUCACGUUCAGACAACACAAUUAUAUUAGGUUGGACGGGUCUUCUAAGUUGGAGGACAGAAGAGAUUUGGUCCAUGACUGGCAAACUAAGCCCGAGAUAUUUGUGUUCUUGUUGUCUACUAGAGCAGGUGGUUUAGGUAUCAACUUGACCGCCGCUGAUACUGUGAUCUUUUACGACUCUGACUGGAACCCAACCAUCGACUCCCAGGCUAUGGAUAGAGCCCACAGAUUGGGUCAGACAAAGCAGGUCACCGUUUAUAGAUUGUUGACGAAGGGUACUAUCGAGCUGAGAAUGAGAGAUCGUGCCAAACAAAAGGAACAAGUUCAACAAGUGGUGAUGGAAGGCAAGUCAUCCUUCGCUAAGAAAAAGGAGGAUGCUGUCAACAAAAAGAAAGACGUUGCAUUCCUUCUCUUGGGUGGUGACGACGAUAAUGGUGGAAUCAGCACGGGUACAAGUUCUGGAACCGACACACCCUCCAGAGAACCCAUGUCGAAGACCUUGGAAGCCAUGUAUCACGAAGGCGAGGGUGAGUUUUCCGGAAACAUUACCCCAAUGCCUUAG